UCUCCACAAAGAUGCACUCUGUCUAAACUGUGGCUGGAUGUUACUGGGUCUCUGUAAGAGGGGAAACAUAUUUCAUAAAAGGCCCAAUGUUCAUGGUCUCCUUUGGUUUGCUCUUGAGUUUUGGAAACCCUGAGCUGUGGCCAGUUUUCAGCCUUCAAAACUGAGAUGGACCACCCUUGAGAGGGAGUAGUCAGGGACGAAGCAUGCUCACGCUCUCUCUCCUGAGCCGGGGACAUGGGAAGUUGGUCCAGAACAGACAGAAGUUGGAAGUCUAUUUUGAACCAGAGGACUAUUUGAACUGGAAGUCUCCGGAAGACUAUGUCCUGGUUAGCAAAUCCCAGGAUGGGGACAGUGGCAGCCAGCACUCCUGGAGCCUCUUUCUUCCUAAGACCUUCAGCACAAGGAAGGGGGCGCUGAUCCUGUACUCGGAGGGGCUAGCUGUAUCAGCAUGGACACCCAAAGAGAGGAGAAGAGGUCACAGGAAGAAGCCAGGCCUUGAACUGCACACGCUGCAAGACCUCAAAGAAGCCAUUUUGGCAUAUGGAAGGAGACAGAGAGAGCAGGACAGAGCCUGGCAACCUUACCUCUACUUCCGAAGCAAGCCAGAGAGCCAGAGUCAACGGCAGAUCCAGCCUGGGUAUUCGGCCAAGAGAUACCUCCGAGGCCUCUUACAGACAUGGCCCCUUGAUACAAAGUACAGACUCCAGUGUGCAGAAUUUAAAGUCCAAUUCCGCGCUACGGCACAGUCUCCAGGCUCUGUGGUCCAGGCUCUAGCCCAGCUGUUGUCUUUCGUCUUCGCUGACAUCUGCAUCACCAGAGUACUUGGCCCUCCCUGCUCACACACUCUUCAAUCUCAGCUCGUCACAAUCCGUAGCCCGAUCCAGAACCUGUUCCCCACCUACCCCUCAGAGAUCUUCUAA